AUGCGCAAACAGUGCAGCCGUCUGCAGCUGGCGUUUGUCAAUGAGGACCCUGAGAAUGCAAGGGACGAGAUUGAUGAUGGAGAGGAUGAGGGAUCUCCUCAGGCCGAGGAACCGCAACGGUCGCACUCGCACUCGCACUCGCGGUCGCACCAGGAAGCAUCCGAUCCCAAGAUGGGGAGACAAUCAGAACCAGAGAUACUCUCAGAGUUACCUAUCUGGUCGGCCGAUGAGCCAUCUAAUCCAAUCCCGCAACCUUCAAUUGCAAUGUUCAGUGACAAGGACGAAUCUGCGGUCGCUGGGUUGUUGGCAUUGGGAACAAGCACAACCGACACGAUAGGACCAGAAAUCAGUCUGUCGGAGUUUACGAUUUCGCCUCCAGCGAGGGAAAGGUCCCUCGCUCAAGUGAUGGCUCCAAUCAAUUUCACUGAAUAUCCUGUGGCCUUUUCUCCGGGCCAACACCAACUUCCUCAGCAUACAGCUGUCAGUCCUGAGAUGACACCAACAGAGACGCUUGAGCUGCUUCGACACUAUCGUUACGAGGUAGCUCCAUGGUUGGCGAUGGUAUCGCCGCCAGUCCGGGAUACCGUGCUCGCUCUCUCCAAGGCAUCUAUAGACCUGCUACGUCCGCAUCCUUCACAUUCAAGGACAGAGAAAGACAUCCUAAGCCCCAUAACUCCAGACGAGAAAUUGGAUAUCACAACUGUCGCUUUUUUGCGCGCCUUGGACAAGACUAAACAAUGCAUUACAGACAUGCCCUUGGCAUGGUCAUUGCACAGGGAAAGCGACACUGAAAUCCUCGAGCCACUAAGUGCAUAUACAAUUGGCAGAGAUCUCAAUUCAGCAAUAUACUGGCUAUAUUUAAGACUCGAUCUCGGAGCAGCUCUGGCCGCGGAUACCAGUCUCCGAGUUCCAAUUCCUCCAUCGUCUCCGUACUUUGCGGACGGAGAUCUUGGAGGUGAUCCCUUUGGACUGGUCUUCUCGUAUGCGCAUCGUCCUCUCUGGCUUUGUGCGCGCGCUGUAGAGUUCAUGCACAAUGAAGAUCCCUCUCCGCACCUGCCUCCGCUUCCCGCGUGGAUGCAAGUUGUCGAAGAGCUGGAACAGUGGUAUCGAGAACGGCCCCAAGGGUUCCAGCCCAUGCUAGAGAUUGAAACAGACAAUCAAGCGGCUGACCCCGGCGAAAGCUUUCCCGUCGUUCUGUUUGCCAAUGGGGCUGGCGUCUUGUCCAACCAGCUAUAUCACACAGCCAUGUUGCUGUUACUACGUAGCCGUCCACGAACAGCGCACAUCGCAGAUAUUCGUUCUGCGACGAUGUCGCCGCUCUGGCAUGCCCAGCGGAUCUGCAGUAUCGCUCUGAAUAACGAGCGGCGUGAGUGCUGGGAUCCAUGUCUGCUGGCAUCGUUUUUGACAGCUGCGCGCCGCAUGACACAUGAGUCGCAGCAGCAAGAGAUCUUACGGGGCUUUGAGCGCAUCCGAAAAAUCACCGGGUGGGAUGCUCGAGCGCUUCUCCGGGAUCUCCAAGUGGAAUGGGGAUGGCCAGAGGCAUAG